GGGAACUUUAAGGAAACUUUGAACGGUCAUUUCCCUUCGGCGUUGUUUAACGAGAUAAAUAUAUCUUCAAAAAAUGUACUAUGAGACAAAGGAGAAACGAGAAGAACAGUACGACCCAUUGUUUCUCCCGUUAACGAAACUGGGCGCUAAAACACGUGACCGAAAGUUCCUCCACAUCGUGGGUGAGGUGCUCAGUCUCAGCUGGCUCAAAUACAAGACCUCUGAAGACAUUAAUUCAGCUGUGGCCUUGUUGCUGCCUUCCUUUGCCUGCAGAUGCAUAGACAACAACGACUUUCUGUCUUUGCAGGAGAUUCUUGUCACGAUGGAUAUAAAUGCUGGAGACUAUGAUGGCAACACUGUCAUGCAUAGAGCUUGUGAAAAGGGUAGAACUGAUAUGGUUAAAUAUCUACUGUCUAUUGGAGCAACAUGCCAGCUGACAAACCGCUUUGGAUGCACACCUCUGCAUCUUGCCAUAAAAAACAAGGCGGUUCAGACUAAAGAUGGUCAACUUUUGGAUGCAUGGUACUUAGCUGGUGCAAACAUGAACCAGGGUGAUUAUAAUGGACAGACCGCUUUACAUGCAGCAGUGGAAAAGAGGGACAAAAACAUGGUGUCCAAACUUCUUAAAUAUGGCACCAGGCCAGAGAAUAAGAAUAUGUGGGGAAGGACAGCAGAAGAUGAAGCAAGACAGAAAAAUCUGCAUGACAUUUUGGUGCUCUUCCAUCAGCCUUCCUUAUUGUAA